AUCAUGUAUCUCUGGAAAUAUCCAUCAAAUGUUGUUGAACAUUAGGUGAUGCUCAGUUGUGGAAAAAUAUUGGCGGCUUUGUAACAUAUAAUCAUAAACGUUGGGUAUAAAGUACAUCGGCGCAGGUCUAAGUAAAUGGUAAAUGGCCUGUAUUUGAUAUAGCGCCUUCUAGAGUCCUGGAACCCCUCAAGGUGCUUUACAACACAAUCAGUCAUUCACCCAUUCACACACACAUUCACACACUGGUGGGGAUGAACUACGAUGUAGCCACAGUUGCCCUGGGGCACAUUGACAGAAGAGAGGCUGCCGGGCACUGGCGCCACCGGUCCCUCUGACCACCACCAGCAGGCAAGUUGGGUUAGGUGUCUUGCCCAAGGACACAACGACAACGACAGACUGAGCGGGGCUCGAACCUACAGCCUUCCGAUUAUGGGGUGAGCACUUAACUCUUGUGCCCCUAUCGCCAGGAAAAAUGCAUACCGUCACUUUUAAGCGGCAGUGUGUAGUUUCCUGCCACAAGGGGGCAGUACAUACAUUUCAGGGUAGUUUUACACCAUAUCGCCAUGACUGUCGCUAGUUUAAAAACAUUACAGUAAACGUUGUUACCCGUGGAGCAGAAAGCCUGCGACCUCGGCGUGACUCCUCAGACAUUGGUCCUUCAGUUAAUUCCAUUGAUAGAAAGCAGUGCCGAUCGUAGUUUUCUGGCGCUGUAGUUUCUGGAUCUGCUCGGGGUCCUGCGCCUGUUGACGACGCCAUCAUACUACAGUAAUACCGCUCGACCAAAAUAUAUUGCAUCUCUUUUUCGAUUCUGUUCUUUCACAUAGGUUUUGGAAAGAGUUUAGCAGUUUUGUUAUCAAAUUCAUGUUUCUUACUACCUAAAUGGUUUUGAGUGGGGGGAAGUAACUUCCGUAAGUCGUACAUCCAGCCAAUCAUCUAGUGUGAUGUCAUUGGCAGGCGCAGGAUCCCGAGCCAGCCAGAAGGAAACGUGGCGUCUGGUAUGGCGUCCCCAAAGACGCUAGAACCACGCCCUAUGUACUUUAGACUCAAUUUUUAUGGUUAUAUGGUACAAAGCCGCCUAGGACAUCAAUUAUUAAUUUUCAACAGUGUUUCUAUAGAUUGUUCCUAUAAUAUAUGGUAAAAACUACACAUUGUUUCUUUAAGGACCCGUCUCUCUAUAAGAUUUCCUAAAACAAGUUACUUAAGCAUGAAAUAAAUCCAGCUUACCCCAAAUACACAUGCCUACAUGGAGCUUUUAAACACUUGGGUGACUUCAUUGAAAUUUUUCUACCUUAUUGCGUCUGAGUGGAGUUUGCUUCUGCAACUGACUCAAUGUCCUUCCUCUUAUUGUUUCAAUAUGUCAGGGCAUUGUUCGAAUGAGGUCAGCCAUUACCGAUCAGGCCCAGGGCCAAGUUGACUUCAGCUGAUUUAAUUGAAUCUACAGCAUGAGUCAAACUCAAACAAGCAGAGGCUCCUUUGCCUUGACAGCCUCAUUACUCCACAUUAAGAACUCAUUUCACAAUGCAUUGUGACUUUGGUCCUGACAAAUGGUGAAGAGAGAUGAAAUCAAAUAAGCCCAGUACAGUGUUAGGCUCCACACUGUCCCCUCUUCAGGCAUCAAUCCAUCUAGGAAAAGACUGGCCAUUUCUAUGUUUGAUGCUGACAACAUGUACAUGAAUGACAGUAACCAAGAGUUUCGGACGCCAAACCAGAGCUACUCCAGUCAGGGCAGAGGCAGCAGCAGCAGUGGAGGAGGAGGAGGAGGAGGAGGAGGGGAUGAAGACUAUGAGAUCCCCCCCAUCACACCUCCAAACCACGUUGACCCUUCUCUGCUCCAUCUCACAGAGCAUGAGUCCGGUUACCCCUUCCACUCCCUGCCUCACAACGGUCUGCUCAACACCUACUCCUACCCCGAGCUGCCCGCCCUCAUGAUGUCCAAUAUGCUGGGUCAGGACACUCACCUUCUUUCUGGGCCUAUGCACUCUAUAAGCAGCGAGAAACGAUCCUCAGCAGAAAUGAUGAAGCCCAAACCCAAACCUCAGAAGAAGAAAAAGAAGAAGGACCCCAACGAGCCUCAGAAACCCGUUUCGGCGUAUGCGCUCUUCUUCAGAGACACCCAAGCAGCCAUCAAGGGCCAAAACCCCAAUGCCACCUUUGGGGACGUCUCGAAAAUUGUGGCUUCCAUGUGGGAUAGCCUCGGAGAAGAACAGAAACAGGGUUACAAGAGGAAAACCGAGGCAGCUAAGAAAGAGUAUCUGAAAGCCCUGGCUGCGUACCGAGCCAGUCUGGUUUCUAAGACAUACAGUGACCCUGAACCUAAAAGUGCCCAACAACCCAGCCAGCCCAGUCACCUGCUGCCCCCCAAACAGCCCCUGUACAGCGUGCCCCCCCAGCCUUCUUCACCCUAUCUAGGCCCGCCGGGCUCCUUCCCUCUCUCAGAGCUCCAGAGCUACGGCGGGCCGCCCCGCCACACCCUGGCCCCGACCCUCAGCCAGUCCCAGAUGCUCCCACCCAGCAUGAGUGCCUCACCCCCAGCACCCUUCCAGAUCAGCCCGCCUCUGCACCCCCACGCUCAGCUCUCCCUGCACCAGAGCUCCCUGCUCAACCAGCCAAUCCGAAUGCAGCAGUCACAGCCAAUCAUCUCACACCAAAUGGGGCUCCAGACAUCUCUGAACUCCCCUCCUCUCAGCCAACAGGGAUUCUCCCAUCUUCAGGCUGAUUACCCGAACAGCGUCGGGGGCUCGCAGUCUCCGGGGGCACCUAAUCCGGUGCAUGGACAGAACCCCGACUGGGAUGGCGAGUACUGCAACAGAGACUGUGGACCCAACCACUGCAGCAGCGGCAUGGGCGCUCGGGACAAGCCUCUCUACCUCACUUGAAGUUAAAUGACGUCCUCAUGUCAUACUCCAGAGAGCUUUCUAACGUUACAACAGCAUCAUCGACGUUUUUACACCUUUUUGUUUUCCUUUUCUUUUUUCCUGAUGGAUUUUGAAAAUCCCAAAGACUGCUACGGUAACUUCACCUAUUUGCCAAGCACUUAAGUCGGCCACAAGCCUGAGGCACUUCCCUGUCUUUGUUUUCUCUUCUCUCUC